UUGUGUCCUGUGGUGUCUUUUCAAGGGAAGAGGGGACUCAACGGCUGGCCAGCUCACUACCAACACCUUGAAGGUCUCAAGACAGAAACAAACAACAUAAUGAAGCUAACGCUAACCUUUCUGUUCAUUCUUGUGGCUUCUUGGCCCCUGGUCCUCUGCGCCAAGGAGGAGUCCAUGUCCAAAGACUCUCCUCUCCCUCAGGUUCCCGCCGUCGAAACUCGCUCCCGCUUCGCCGCUCUGGAUGACGUGCGCCUCCUGGCCAACGGUCUCCUCCAGCUUGGCCACAGCCUCAGGGACUUCGUCCAUAAGACCAAGAGCCAGAUAAACGACAUCUUCCAGAAACUCAACAUCUUCGACAGCUCCUUCAACCAGCUAUCCGUGCUGGCCAGCGAGAUCAAGGGGGAAGAGGAGGAGCUGAAGAAAACCACAGUGGUGCUCAAGGCCAACAAUGAGGAGAUACGGAACCUGUCGCUGGAGAUCAAUUCAAAGGUGGAGAGCAUCCUGCAGGAGCGUAGCCAGCUUCGGAGCAAGGUGGGAGGGCUAGAGGUGAAACUGAGCGGCCUGUCUCAAGGCCUGGUCCCCGCUGAGCAGCUGGCUGAGAUCAACUCACUGAAGGAUUUGAUCCACACCCAGGAGAGGAGCAUCAGUGAGCUGCUGAAGGCUGUGAGAGAGCAGAGCAACCAGCUCGACCACCAGAGGAGCAAGAUGAAAACUCUGGAGGUGAAGCUCACCUACAACCCUUUCAUGCAAGAGACCAUUGAGAAACCAUCUGACAACUUCCAGUCUGCCACGCACACCCUCGCUGGGUAUUUGACCAACACCUCCACCAAUGGCAGUUUGGACAUGACGGAUCUCUCAUCAGACUGCAGUGAGCUAUUCAACAAGGGUGAGAGAGCCAGUGGAGUGUACGCCAUCAAGCCUAACCAAUCUGAGCCCUUCAUGGUCUACUGUGACAUGGGUGAAGAUGGAGGGGCUACUAUCAUCCAGAGAAGGAAGGAUGGGUCGAUGAAUUUCGAUCAGAAUUGGGAGAAGUAUGAAAACGGAUUUGGAGACUUUCAAGGAGAGUUCUGGCUGGGCCUGAGGAAGAUCCACUCCCUUGCUAGUCAAGGUGACACUUUCCUGAACAUCCAACUGGAGGACUGGAAAAAGGGCAAACGCUUCAUCGAGUACAACUUCUCUCUGGAUGGACCCGAGGUCCACUAUAGAAUCCACCUCUCACAGGCGUCCGGAAAUCUGCCUGACGCAAUGAGCAACCACACCGGUAUGAUGUUCUCCACCAAGGACCGGGACAAUGACAAACUUGAAGACUCACACUGCGCCUUUACCUACACAGGCGGCUGGUGGUUCAACGCUUGCGGAGACACCAAUCUGAACGGGAAAUAUAUCCAUGUGAGACCCAAGGGACGGUCAGAGCGUAGGAGGGGAAUCCACUGGAAGCCAACCCGAGGGGCCUCCUACUCCCUCCGAUCCACCCAGAUCUCCAUUCGCUCCACCCGAGCCGCUACGUUUGCUUCAUCCUCCUCAGAGACAGGCAACUUCAGCUCAGCAUGAACACCAGACAUUUACCUAUGGACAGAAACAAGACAUUGACCAACCUUUGGCGAAAAUAUGUGAUAAGUCUCUGACAACAAGGCCUUAAAGAGAUUUAGGAGGUCAGUUUAGUGAGUCUCUUCUGUCGACUGCACAGUCGGACCAAGUUGAUUGAAUUGGACUCUGAAUCUGUGUCUCUAAACCACAGUUUGCCUUAUAGCUAGUCUAAAAAGGAUUCACUUCUCCUCUUCAGCAUUAAAGGCUUUGAGACACAAGGAACCAAAAUAAUUGUCUAACAUUUUUAUACUCAGUUUAGCGUUCUAAUUUUAGGGUGAAAUUGUUCGACAACAUCCUCGUAUCGUUACAUGCAUUUGAGGAAUCCUCUAUGUAACUGUAUUUCAGAGUGUAUUAAUGGUGGAUGGUAUUCAUACCUGAGAUCUGCGCACAAACCUCAUAAAUAUGCAAAAUGUACAUCAUUCUUUUAUGUGAAAAAUUUGAGUUGAGCAUGCAGAUCUUACUGUAAGUCUGAAUACAACCAGGUAUGAAGUGGUGAGGAGUUGUGAGUUGAGCAUGCAGAUCUUACUGUAAGUCUGAAUACAACCAGGUAUGAAGUGGUGAGGAGUUGUGAGUUGAGCAUGCAGAUCUUACUGUAAGUCUGAAUACAACCAGGUAUGAAGUGGUGAGGAGUUGUGAGUUGAGCAUGCAGAUCUUACUGUAAGUCUGAAUACAACCAGCUAUGAAGUGGUGAGGAGCUGGAUGGACAGCACACAGGCAUCCACCUGAAUAAGAGCAGUUAUCACCACUUACUGAGUCACAUUGACUCUCAGCACAUAUGUACUGUAAAUACUGUAUUUUUAAUAAAUAAAGCAUAUUUAUGACUA